AUGUCGAAUCACUUUCUUUAUGCGUGUACUUUCGAUAGCAGUGAUCUACCAUUUGAUUUGCAUCAAACUGGCUGCUUCUUUCAUGUCGUGUUGGAUUUUAAUUAUAAAUUAAUGUUUGGAGGUGAUCGACGAAUUUAUUUUUUGAAUGAGAAAGAUGAACUUGUAAUACUAGUCAGUGCUAACGAGCCAGUCAAAAUCGGUACACGAGGAAAACGAACCACCGUUCAUUUGAUCCCAAUGAACACACCUUUUCAAAAGAGAACUCUAACUUUGGACACGAAUAUUUGGAAUUUUAAAUCAGAAUAUCCACAUUUUCAUCCGACUGGAUUUUAUAGGAAUCUAUCGGACCUCUAUGUCGUAGACAUGGUUAAUUGUGACAUGAUUUUAAGAUUGGAACCAGAAUUGAAAAUAUUUAAAUUCCAAAGCUCAAAAAUCAGCAAAGUGAUUUCUGGACCCUUAGGAAACUGUUUUCUUGUUCAAACCACAGAUAAAAGAUUACAUAAUCUGAAAGAUGGAACAACAACAUCUCUUGAUUUUAACAUUGCAUUUGGAUGUUCAUUUGGUGGUGGAUAUAUUGUAGUGAGUGAGGAUAAAAAAGUUUAUGUGGUUGACACUUCUUCCUACGUAUUGGCUGGAAUUAAGAGAUUGACAUCAUCGAUACCAAGUUCAGAAACUACGUCCUCCAGUUUGCAAUUUGUGGAUUUACCAGAAUUGAAGAAAGAUGUGAUUGAUGUCAAAUGUGGUUAUUAUCAUGCAAUCUUUUUAACAGCAAGAGGAAAGGUAUUUGUAUGUGGAUAUGAUAAUAUGCAACAGUGCUCGUUGGGCGUCGUUCAUCAUUCAGAAUCUUUUUGCCCUCUCACUGAGCUUAAAAUUGAUUAUGGAUUUGCAACAAAAAUUGGAUCUUUUUCUCGUGGAAAUUAUGUUAUUAAUGAGAAAAACCAAGUCUUUUUUAUUGCUGAAAUGUUUGCAGAUUUCUCUGAAAAAACUCAUUCAUUGAAGUUUGUACAACAAUUUAAUUUGGAUACAUUGAAUUCAGAAUGUCUAAAACAUGAUUUGCAUGUUUAUGGUACCCUUAAUGAUGUUGUGACAACUGGUUGGCAAUGUUGCAUUUCUCACAAUCCCAAUUUUUCUCAUGGCAAGACUCUCAAAUACAUGCUUUGCAAUUUGAAAGUUCUUUCUCAGCAAGACAUUGGAACUAUUAGUGAUAUUUCCUUUCAAAUGAACUGA